AUGAAAUUUAGACGUCGAAAAUGGUGGCGCGCGCUGAAGCCGCUGAAAACGAUUUUAUUCAAGCUGAAGCUAUUGUUCGUCAUUGCAUUAUAUUCCCUAUUCGGCGCCUGGCUAUUUAUGCAUUUGGAGGUACCAACCGACUUGGCAAAAAAGGAAAAACAAUUCAACCAGCGCUUCAUCGCCCGAGAUGACCUGGUGAUAAGGCUCCGCGGCAUCCAUCAGGACAACCGGGAAAAUAGGGAGGAGAAGUGGAAGGAGGCCAUCAUCAGCUUUGAGCAGAGUUUGGACAUGGACGAGCCGGUCAUCGAAACCUCUUGGACCUUCUGGAUGUCGUUUUUGUAUGCGGGCACCAUUUUUACGACUAUUGGCUACGGUAAUAUCGCAUGCGCGACGACGGCUGGGCAGGUGGCCACCGUAAUCUACGCGAUAUUCGGCAUCCCAAUAAUGAUCGUGAUUUUGAACGACCUGGGGGAUGUGCUCCUGUUUAUGGUGAAGGGGUUCACGAAUGGCGUGGCCGAUGUUUCACUUUUGAUAUCGGUGAAGCUCGGUUUUUACGGUCUGGAGGAGGACGCGGAGCAGCGGAAGCGCUACAACCACAUCAUGAAGAGAUUGGGGCAAUAUGGGCUUGCCGACGCCACUUCGCUCAGCACCCUCACUACCGACUAUCAACGCGCGCUGGAAUCGGGCGAUCCAAAGGCCAUUGAGGGCAUGAUGAGCGGCUUCCAGGGCAAGGCCAAAUUCCUGAUGCCGCUGAUUAGUAAGAACGCCGGGAACAAGGUGAUGAACCAGUUCAAGGAGGAGGCCAAGGCGAAGGGCAUCGACAUCCCGCCAGUUCUUACGAAUCUCGACCCACAGACUGGAAUGCCCGCCUUCGCCAAGGCGGAUCGCGGCGAUUUCCGCGAAUUUAUCGAGGCGGCCGAGGUGAAAAGGCAGCAAACCGACCGCGUCGAGCAGCUGUUCAGCGAACGCCAGACUCGUUCCCCAUCAUUUGCCGGCCAGGCCCUCGUCAACACGGCCAUGGUCACCGAGGAGAUGAAGAAGAAGACGGCCGAGGUCGAGAUACAGACGUGGACGAUGGACGAGCUGUUCCAAGAGUGGAAGCCAAAUUGCCAUAUUGAGGUGCAGACACGACCGGAAAUGGUGGAAGAGCACAGCCACGAGGGACAGUGCGGCGCCGAGUUCUCGGAUUUCGAGACGCAAACUUCCUACGAGAGCACUGACGAGGGAAUUCAGGUGUGGCCAUCGAUGGAGGAGGUGUACACACAAUAUGAUGUUGCCCUGAUCCCCGGCGUCGAAGCCCAAACGCAAGCGGUCGAAAUGGAGCGCUCCGUCAUUUCGUCGGUGAGCGAUUGGUCCGUCUAUGAUGAGCCCGACUCGGAGGAUGAGGCCAUUCGGAAAGAGGAGAUGAAGAUACUCAGGGAGGCACCAGAUAUGUCCGAUAUCGACCCGCUUGGAGCAGAAUAUGAAGAGCAGGAGAGACAGAGGGUAGACGAGCGACGUCGCAAAAAGCGUGAAGAGCAAGAGGAGGCCAAGCGCCGCAAAAUGGAGGAGAAAGAGCGGCGAAAGAAGGAAAAAGAAGAGAUGCGCAAGCAGAUUCGGUUUAUGAAACACAGUGCAGAUCAGACCGAUCCGGCAGACCUGAGCAUCACCAGCGCUCAAACGCAAGAAGUGCAAAAGGUGUCGAAAAAGAGCCAGACGAAAUUGACGAGUCUGGAAUCCACAGAACUGCAGGCGCUGAAGUCGAAGAAGCAGUCGCGCCCAUCCAGCCACCUCUCCGCGAUGGGACCCUCAUUUUCGGCUGUCAGCGCUUCGCUACCAUCAUUGCCUACAUCGCCGCAGCCGCCGCCAGAACCAAAAGUAUCGAUGAGCGAAGAUGAAAAUGGGCGGCCCGUGGCUGAGGUAUCUGUAACACUGGAGCUGGUGAAAGUGCCCGUCGACGAGUACGGCUAUGAAAUCUUCUCUUCUGAUGACUACGACAAGGAGGUGGGCGACGACAGCGUGUUCUUCUCCUCCGACGAGGACGUCGGCGAGAUGGAGGCGUACUCGGUUAGCCAGAUGACACAAACGGAUUUUGAGCAGAAAGAUGCCGGCCCGCCGACGCUACCCCGGCAAGUUCGGCUCUCCUCAGCAGAAGCGCCACAAGUCGUCGAGCCGACCGUCGUUGAGGCCUCCUCAAGCGAGCAGACGGCAACCAGCGAGCCCGAGUCGGCCAAAGAGUCCGAGGCUGAGGUCUCCGAUUCCUGGAAAGAACGGUUGUCAAGGAGGGCGUCAUCUACAGAAAAACGCAGUAUUGAGAAAGAGAAAAAUGUGUUUCAACAAAAAUUAGCAAGCCGCAAAACUUUGGCUCGCAACUUGGUACUCAAUGAA